CCGCCGCCGCGAUGGUGCCGCUCUGGCGGUCCCGCUGUCUCGGCCGCGCGCUGGGCCGCUCGCUGCGCGCCCUGCGACAGAGCAGCCACUGAACCGUGGCAAACGGCGGUGACCUGCGCUGGCGACACCGCGGGUGGCAGAGCCCGAUGGCAGCUUAACCCUGGGGCUGCCCUUGGCCAGCUGGGUCCUGUGUUCGAUGACUCCUGGACACAUCUUCCGUUUAAAUAGCAAACAUGCACAGCCUUUUGUGCACACAUGUACGUGCACACCUACAGGAGGAAAAAUACCACUUCUCUUCCAGGGGAACUGUACUCUGGCAAGAUGCUCUCUCUCUGGUGUGGCUGGGAGCCAGGGAUUGGCUUACACAAACAGCAGGAAGCUUCUAGUAAAUAGCUCCAGUGUCUUCACUGUCCGGUACUUCAGAACCACUGCAGUACGUAGGGAUGACGUGGUUACAGUGAACACACCAGCCUUUGCAGAGUCAGUCACAGAAGGAGAUGUCAGGUGGGAGAAAGCUGUUGGAGACACAGUGGCGGAAGAUGAAGUGGUGUGUGAGAUUGAAACAGACAAGACAUCAGUGCAAGUUCCAGCCCCAGCAGCUGGUGUGAUUGAAGCCCUUCUGGUACCCGAUGGUGGCAAAGUGGAAGGAGGGACACCUCUGUUCAAACUCAGGAAAACUGGAGCUGCUCCUGCCAAGGCUAAACCAGCAGCAGCCCCUCCUCCUCCUUCAGCCCCUGAACCUGUAGCUGCAGCUGCUCCUUCUCCUCCCCCUCCCCCUCCUGCAGCACCAAUUCCCACAACAAUGCCACCAGUGCCGCCUGUGUCAACUCAGCCCAUUGACAGCAAACCAGUGUCUGCGGUGAAGCCGGCUGCAGCCCCAGCAGCAGCCCCUCCUGGGGAGGCAGCGCCCACCAAAGGUGUCAGAUCAGAGCAUAGGGUGAAAAUGAAUAGGAUGCGCCAGCGUAUUGCUCAGCGGCUGAAAGAGGCUCAGAAUACUUGUGCCAUGCUGACCACUUUCAAUGAGAUCGAUAUGAGCAACAUCCGGGAGAUGAGAGCUGUACACAAGGAUACCUUCCUGAAAAAGCACAACCUGAAGCUAGGUUUCAUGUCAGCUUUUGUGAAAGCUGCAGCUUUUGCUCUGCAGGACCAGCCUGUUGUGAAUGCAGUGAUUGAUGACACGACCAAAGAGAUUGUGUACAGGGACUAUGUGGACAUCAGUGUUGCUGUAGCAACUCCUCGGGGUCUGGUGGUCCCUGUGGUUAGGAAUGUAGAAAACAUGAACUUUGCUGACAUAGAGCGUGCUAUCCACGAGCUGGGGGAGAAGGCACGGAAGAACGAACUGGCCAUUGAAGACAUGGACGGUGGCACUUUCACAAUCAGCAAUGGAGGGGUUUUUGGGUCACUCUUUGGGACACCUAUCAUUAACCCACCCCAGUCUGCCAUCUUAGGCAUGCAUGCCAUCUUUGACAGGCCUGUGGCUGUGGGAGGCAAGAUCGAGGUGCGGCCUAUGAUGUAUGUGGCGCUGACGUACGAUCACCGGCUGAUCGACGGCAGAGAGGCAGUGACCUUCCUGCGCAAGAUCAAGGCAGCGGUGGAGGAUCCCCGCGUGCUGCUGCUCGACCUGUAGAGCAGUCACACCCCCACACAACCCACCCAGGACAGGCCACAGCACCAGCAGGGACAAUGCAGGGCAUUCAGGAACUGGCAAGGGUCAUUCCAGUCUCUCUCCCUCCGCUGUGAUUAGAGCUGUCCCAGAGGGAAUUACAGGGAUAGCUCCUACCUCCUUUCCUAUUCUGUUUAAUGAAGGUUUAGUAUCUCUCAAGAACUGCCAUGCAGUGGGCCAACCACUGAAUGGCACUGCCUUUCCAGAGAUAUCUGUACAGCAUCCUCUCCCUCACAGCACCAAAAUCUCACCUCUAGCUUGUCCAAUACCACUGGAAACUGCUUGCUGCUACCGUGCUAGGGUACUUUCCCCGCCCCUCCAUGACGGGUUCAGCUUUAUUGCCUAGCACUAAGGUUCCUGGGAAGGAGAGGAAAGGAAAGGCUACUGUCCUGUCCAUUUUUUGCUUGAAAAUAUUUCACACUCACCUGCCUUGCAAGGGCAGUCUGGGGGACCCCCAGGCUCCUUGCAGCAGAGGUUUUGACCAGAGCAGGGCUUGAGGUAGGUGUCAUGCUUCUGGCAGUGCCCUAGUUACACUCCCUCCACAGACAGUAACGUGGUGGCGGCAGCUCCCCUACUUUCCCUUGGAGAUUGUUUGUCUCUCACCAGCCUGGUCACUGUGGCGUGAAUGUUCGUGUCCAGGUGGGCAGCACCCGUGACCUCUGUGGAGGUAGCACUGUUCCUGGGACAACCCUUUCACCAUUACAGGCCUGACAUGGGGGUGAGAACGAGCCCCCAGCAACUCUCCUUGAAUCACAGCUCACUGGUGGUGGAUCUGACUGCUGGCUUCCUGCGUGCAGGGGCUUGGCCUGCUUCCAGCAGACACAGCUGGGGGGGCCAGGCCUUUCACUGUAAUGUAUAUCCCAGCCCAUGGGUGCUGGUUUUGGGGGGAGGGGUCAGUCCUUAAUCUGAUAGCGCACACAUGUAUUGAGGGGUGAGGGGGUUGCUAGUGCCUGCAGAGUCUAUUACUCUUACCCCCUACACAGAACUUGUAACUAAAAUAUUUAACACAGCGGAUUUUAAAUGAAAUAAAAGUGGGCAAUGACUGCAA